GGCGGCUGACUAGACUUUGUAGGUGCGUGUGACCUUCGCUGCGGUUUCUCCCGUACGCACAGCCGAUCUCCGUCCCGACCGGACCGACCCGCUCGCCAUGCUUGCGGUGCGCUGCGGCCCGCGUUUACUUGGCUUGCGCUCCUUGCCGCUGCGCCCCGCAGCCCGUACUUGUAGCGGCGGCGCCCGCGACCCGUCCUCUUCCGCCGGGAACCCGCUGGUGUAUCUGGACGUGGGCGCCGACGGGCAGCCUCUCGGCCGCGUGGUGCUGGAGCUGAAGGCAGAUGUUGUCCCAAAGACAGCAGAGAACUUUCGAGCCUUGUGUACUGGGGAGAAGGGCUUUGGCUACAAAGGCUCUACGUUUCACAGAGUGAUUCCGUCCUUCAUGUGCCAGGCUGGAGACUUUACCAACCACAACGGCACAGGGGGGAAGUCUAUCUAUGGAAGCCGCUUUCCUGAUGAGAACUUCACACUGAAGCAUGUGGGGCCAGGUGUCCUGUCCAUGGCAAAUGCAGGCCCCAACACCAAUGGCUCCCAGUUCUUCAUUUGCACCAUAAAGACUGACUGGUUGGAUGGCAAACAUGUUGUGUUUGGCCAUGUCAAAGACGGCAUGGAUGUUGUGAAGAAAAUAGAAUCCUUUGGAUCCAGGAGUGGGAAGACGACCAAGAAGAUUGUUAUCACAGACUGUGGCCAGCUGAGCUAAACCCCUGCAGCUAGGGUGCUAGGCCCACAGCAGCUGCACCUGGGUGUUAAGUCACCCAGGUGGCUGCCUCGGCCUCCCAGUGAAUGUGCCCCAUAAAGUUGCCUAUGUUUGCUCCAUUAUCGUCCUGUGCUCAAGAAGGCAUCUAAGGAAUGUCAAACCUCCCCAGGACCCACCAGACUGCUUCUUCAGUGCUCACCCUGCCUCAUGACCCUGUUUCUGAACCCCUGCUGUGCACAUCCUGUCACUAUUCCUCAUCGGGCAUUGGCUGUGCUUGUCCAGCCCAUGUGCCUUGGAUAUUGGGGGUGGUGAUGGAUUAGCUUCAAGUUCAGGUUUCUGCCUUUUCCUUGACCAAGGGAGAAAGCAGUUGCUGCAAAAAGGGCUGUUUUGUGUCUGUUUAAUGAUGUCUUUCUAAUUGGAAUAAUUUAAUUAACAAGGCUGUCUGGAGAUAAAGCUGUGACACCAACUCUUCCAUGCUGUAAUAUGACCUGGGUUAUCACAGGCCACAGAACUCCGGAGGUUGGCCUCUGGAACACAAUCAGGGCUUUUGUGAAGGGUCUCAUGACUGAGACCUGUUUAUCCCAGCCACUGUGAAUCCUGUCAGUUUGUUGCUAUCAUUUCUGAGGAGAAUCAGUAGGGUAGAAGCAGAUAUACCUGGAACAAAGCCAUUGUGAGCUGUGCCUACUUAAUGUGAAUCUCUGCAUGGGAAAUGGAAAUGGCCUGUGAGUGCCAUGGUUUCUGGGAGAAAGCAAAUAUGGAUUCCUGGUGGGCUUUGAUUUUUCUGUAUUUAAUAAUUUAAAUCUACUGAUUAUGUAUGUAAUAUACUUCAGGGACAUUUUGUUUGUGUUCACCUUAAAUGUGAAAAUAAAUCCUAUUUUCUAUAAAGA